AUGAGCACUUCGAGUGGCGAAAGCGUCCCAAUGGAUUCAACCUCUUCACCCACAGGCUCGACCAUGAUGGCCAUGAGCGUCCGGGUCGUUGCCGAGAAGAUGUCCCGAACGCUGCAGUUGCCGAACGAACUGCCCUACUGGCUAGCCGCCAACGACGCUGUAGCCGCUGCAUCCCCUGGAGCCACUCCUGCUGCAAAGUUGCGACGUGCUCGCCUGGCCCAAAUUGCCCGAGCUGCACAAAGGGCGGACAUAGCCGCAACUCUGGCUUCCAUUCAAGUCCACGAUGUAGCUUCACGCGCCAAAAUCAGCGCCGACAUGGCCUCCGCAGCCGUAGUCGCCGCCAAUGCUCCCGCGACCCCCGAUUCAUCUACCCCGACUGACCAACGUUCCAAGCCCACCGGCUACACUAUCGUCUCGUUCAUCAAGCGCCGCCGGGCCCACAACGACCCAGAAUUCACAUACGUCGCCAAAGUACGCACCGACCAAGGAGCCAUAGCCACACACCUGUUCCUCGAAUCCGAGCUGCCCAACCGUGCGGAAACCGUUUCCAUAUUCGAGGCAUAUGACGCAUACUGCAACACCUCCCCUCCCCCUUUCCCGACCACGUACUCCGCGUGGCUCAAGAGCCAAACCCACAGACGCCUUCCUGCAUCAGCCAGCCCAACGAAACAAUGCCUUCCUGAAGCCAUGCGCAUCGCCGCCGUGAAGCUCGCGGCUACGCUCAACUUUAGCGAUGGAGAUUUCGUCGACUUCAAGAAAUCUCAGAUAAUUGAAGGAACAUGGGGCGUUCCGCUCAAUGCGAUUCGCACCUUCCUUUACCACCUUGCUGGUUUUGGCCUCAAACUCGACCGCGCAGCCUUGAAGAUCAACCAUGUCGGUCACGCUUCGGGCACGGUCCAAGACAACCUCCGACGUGUUCUCCCUUCCCUCCAGACCCACGCACUCGUGAUCCUGGCGGAUGAAACACUCUCCCACGCCAUCGGGAUCUACUCCAUUGAAGAAACCACUGGCUUCAACCAAGUGAUCUACAUCCUUACCCUGGUACUCCAACCCCCAUCACUCUCCAAGGGCGCCAAAAAAGCCCGAAAGAGGUCGGCCAACCAAGAUGCCAUGACUGCCUCCAACCAAACUCCCCACGCCAGCCGCCUCGAAAACGCGACCGACGCCGAUCCAGGCCUGACCGCCGAUGAAGAAAGCGUCCGCUGCCAUGCUGCGACCAUGGCCCCCAAGUUUGGGGCCAUCCGCGACAAAAUGGCGUCACCAGGCCGCUCCAAACGCGAAAAAUGGCCCCCUCAGCCCAACACAGUGUUAAUGACGACCGCCGCCCCGAAAACGUGA